AUGGUUGUCUAUUCCUUCUACAUCUUUGAUCGCCAUGCGGAAUGCGUCUACAAGCGGCGCUGGCUCCCCCGUCCGAGCUCGUUUACCGGGAAAUCCUCACGCCCGACUUCUGAGGCAUCGGCUCCGGCCAAUGGAUCGCCGGCUGUCCUGGGCCAAUCUGCGCAGACCACCGACGAUGACGCGAAGCUGAUCUUUGGCACGGUCUUCUCUUUACGGAACAUGGCUCGCAAGCUCGGAGGUGACGAGGAUAGUUUCGUCAGCUAUCGCACCAGUCAAUACAAGCUGCAUUAUUACGAAACUCCUACGAACAUCAAGUUUGUGAUGCUUACCGAUAUCAAGAGUCCGAGUAUGCGGGUGGCUUUGCAACAGAUUUACAUCAACCUUUACGUUGAAUAUGUGGUUAAAAACCCGUUGUCUCCGGUUGAACAUCCCGGAGGCGUUGGUGUGAAUAACGAGCUUUUCGAGGAGUCGUUGGAACAAUUCGUGACACGCGUUUUAUCUUAA